AUGUUUUUGCGUGGAUGGCUUCGUGCGGCUGAAUUGUCACGGGCCCUGUGUUCCAGCUUCCAAGUGUCCCAAGAAGAGAGUGAGACGUGCGCCGGAACCAUUACCGCCGUUGAUAAUACCGGUACCGAUACCGAUUCCGAUACCCUUUCCACCCGUCUGCAGACCACGUGGUCCGCUAUCGUGGCUCCGUCCGCGAUUGCCUUUGCUACCGAUAGUGGGCUAGGUUCCGAUGAUCUAAGUGGAGAGCAACUAGGGCGUAUAAAGCGGGACUGUGAUUGUACGCCUACACCACCUCCAUGCGAUUGCCCUACUACCACACCUGAGGCACCGCCAUGUGAUUGCGCUACUACCACGCCUCCACCUCCACCGUGUGACUGUCCUACUACAACUCCUGAAGUCCCUCCAUGUGAUUGCGCUACUACGACUCCUCCACCACCUCCUCCGUGCGACUGUGCUACUACUACGCCUGAAGCGCCUCCAUGUGAUUGUCCAACUACCACACCUGAGGCGCCUCCAUGCGACUGCGCUACUACUACGCCUGAAGCGCCUCCAUGUGAUUGUCCAACUACCACACCUGAGGCGCCUCCAUGCGACUGCGCUACUACUACACCACCACCACCGCCGUGCGAUUGUGCUACUACCACACCUGAAGUACCUCCAUGUGAUUGCGCUACUACCACGCCUCCACCUCCACCGUGUGACUGUCCUACUACAACUCCUGAAGCGCCGCCUUGUGAUUGCGCUACCACGACCCCUCCGCCACCUCCGUGCGACUGUCCUACUACCACCCCUGAAGCGCCUCCUUGUGAUUGUGGUACUACAACGCCGCCUCCAUGUGAUUGCCCUACUCCCUGCGUUUGCCCUUAA